AACAUAGUUUUGUGCAAUUUCCAGAACCUAACAGUGGAAAACCGAAGAAAAUGUUAUCUUGUUACAAUUCCAAUACAAUCACACUGUCUUUCCCUUUCCCUAUAACAACCAUUAACAAACUCAAACAUACACAACAACACAGACAUAAACAAACCUUGGUCCUAGCUUCCAUUCACCACGACAGCCUCAGGGUCCUCGAAUGGGACAAACUCUCCGAUUUGGUCUCUUCCUUCACCACCACUUCCUUGGGCCGUCGCGCCCUCAAGGAUCAAUUAUGGUCCCAGAAUCGAACUUAUGAAGAAAGUCUCAAACUUCUCGAAGAAACCAAUGCUGCUGUUCAAAUGCACAAUCAUGGCUCUUGCAGGUUGCACUUUGGUCACAUUGAUGCUAUGGUGGUGCAAACUGCAAUUCAAAAUGCACGGAGAACCAUACCGGUUACUGGCUAUGAGGCGAGAGCUGUUUUGGCUCUUCUUCAGAGCUCUGACACCUUGCAGGGGGAUUUAAAAGCUACAAUUAAGCAAGAUAAAGAUUGGUAUAAUCGUUUCAUGCCUCUUACAGAAGUGAUAAUGGAGUUUGUCGUUAAUCGAUCUUUAGUUAAAGAGAUAGAACAAGUUAUUGACGAAGAUGGCUCUAUCAAGGACUCUGCGAGUUCAGAGUUGAAAAAGUCACGUCAACAAGUGCAAGUGCUUGAGAGAAAGGUACAACAAUUAAUGGAAAGCUUAAUCAGAAAUGAAAGGAGUGAAACAUCAAUUCUUGAAGUGAAUAACAUUGAUGGAAGGUGGUGCAUAAGAGUGGAUUCUGGACAGAAAACAAGUUUUAAGGGUCUAUUGUUAUCCAGUUCAAGAGUAGGAAGUACUGUAGAACCACUUUCUGCUGUUCCCUUUAAUGAUGAGUUGCAACGCGCAAGAGGUUUGGUUGCAAAGGCCGAAGCAGAAGUGCUCUUGACAUUAACCAAAAAGAUUCAGCUGGAUGUUGAUGAUAUUGAAAAUAUACUAAACAGUUUGGUUCAGCUAGAUGUGAUUAAUGCCCGUGCUACAUAUGGUCUUUCAUUUGGAGGAUCAAAUCCUCAUAUAUUUUUGCCUGAUAGUAAUAGCUCUUCUACUGCUCAGUCCUUAACAAGAAGUGACAAUUUCAAUGGACCGAUACCCAACAAUAGGGAAUGGAUAUUGCAUCUUCCCAAAGCUUAUCAUCCUUUGUUGCUCCAGAGCCACAGGGAAAAUUCAAAGAAGGCCAAAGAAGAUGUCGCUACUUCAGUUGCCGCUCUUGACAAAGGCCAAUCACAGCCAGUACCAGUUGACUUUUUGGUAUCUAAUAAAACUCGUGUUAUAGUUAUUACGGGCCCUAAUACUGGUGGUAAAACGAUAUGUUUGAAGACUGUGGGAUUGGCAGCUAUGAUGGCAAAAUCAGGUCUCUAUGUUCUUGCUUCUGAGUCUGUGCAAAUUCCUUGGUUUGAUUCUGUUUUUGCCGACAUUGGUGAUGAGCAGUCCUUAUCACAGUCUCUGUCUACGUUCUCUGGCCACCUGAAACAGAUAAGUAAUAUUAAAUUACAAUCAACAAGACAGUCACUGGUGCUACUAGAUGAGGUUGGUGCAGGAACAAACCCCCUUGAAGGAGCAGCACUAGGAAUGUCAUUAUUGGAAUCUUUUGCGCAAGAUGGUUGUUUAUUGACAAUAGCAACGACUCAUCACGGUGAACUUAAAACCCUAAAAUACAGUAACGACGCCUUUGAAAACGCAUGUAUGGAGUUUGAUGAAGUAAAUUUGAAGCCAACUUACAAAAUUCUCUGGGGCAUACCUGGGCGCUCAAAUGCAAUCAAUAUAGCCGAGAGGCUGGGACUGCCAUCUGCUGUUAUAGAUACUGCUCGUAAGUUAUAUGGUUCUUCUAGUGCGGAAAUUGAUGAGGUAAUUACUGAUAUGGAGAAGUUAAAACAAGAUUACCACCAGCGAUUAACUGAAGCACAUUAUUAUCUGAUACAAUCCAGAAGACUUCACAGUAGUCUACUGAACACCAGGAGAAAGAUCACGGAACAUAGUACUAGUCUUCAGCUUAAAAAACUUAGAGAUGUAUCUGAGUCUGCAGCGAUGGCAAGAUCCAUUCUUCACAAGAACGUCAGGGAGCUGGGUGCAUCAGCUAAGAAAUCUUCUCAGCACAAUAAAACCAUUAAGAGCUCUCAUGUAUCAACAACAACAAACAACCUCCAUACUGCAUCAGAUAACAACAAAUCUACUAUUACAGAUAGAAGUCCAUCUGAUGUUAAAAAAAUUGACAAAUCGUCAGAAGAUAGGUUUGCUGUUCCUAAAGUUGGUGAUACAGUGCAUGUCUCUUCCCUUGGGAAAAAAGUGACCAUUUUGAAAGUGGAUUCAUCCAAAGGAGAAAUUGUAGUUCGAGCUGGAAUCAUGAAGUUGAAGCUAAAAGUAACCGACAUUCAAAGAUCAUAAAUGGGUAAGUGUUUUUUUGGGCAAUUGAAUUCAGUUUGAUCAUAAAUUCUGCUCAUUAAGACAGAAUGUAAAUAGUAAUUAGUUGUAAUUUUUUAUAUCACAUUUAGAAUUAACAUUCAUAACUUUCGACUGCGUUGGUGCUCUGGUUACUGCCACUUAAAUUCUUUAAAUACAUCUUAUUAAUUAUUCUACUAAAUAUGAAAUACAAAGUAUAUUUGUACGAAUAAUGGUGUAUGUCACGAAAUUUUCUUCACAGCUAUGUCACGACGAUGGCAGUUGUAUAGAUGUGCAAUAACAUUCUUCUGUAUGUCACACUAUACCCUGUGUUUUCAGGCAAAGACCCUAGUUUAAUUGGUUGUUGAAUUAUUUGUGGAGCUUUCGCGAUUAAGUCAGUUGUGCUAAAUAGAUUCGAUGUAUUUCUAUAUGGUAUCAUUCACAUCAAGAAUUCUCUAAGAUUUCUGCUUCGGUUAUAUUUUUCUUUCAUUCCAUAUAAUGUUUGACUUCGUGUCUGAUAAUGUGUUCCAACAAUCACUUCAUUUCUCAUCCAAAAUUGAAAUAUCUCAACCAGUCCAGAUAUACCGUGAAAACUACCUUCUUCAAAUCACAACAAUUUGACUGACUAUUUUUGAUGGUCGCACUCAGUUUGUUGUAUCUCAAAAGGAUAUGGUGGGUGCAGACAUACAUGGGUUAGUUAAUUCCGUGACUGAAGGGGUAAGUGUAAAUCAUGUAUUAUACUACUACAAAAUACAUUGGGAAGAUAUCUCUGAAAUGUUCUCUGAAAUGAAAAAUCAAUCUCAAAUUUAUGAGUUAACACUAAUUUGAAGAAAAUCAGAAAGCUGAAGAUUCACCUACAAUGAUUUUUUUAAUGGAUGAGUGGAAGCCACCUGAAGACAACAAACAUUACAUGAAAAUGAUGAAUGUUAGUCGUCUCUUCAAGUUUCUUGUAGGUUUGAUUGUGGAAUUCAAUGAGGUUCAUCGCCAAAUGCUAGGCAAAAAUCCAAUCCCUCUAAUUAUUGAAGUCUUUGCAAAAUAACUUCUCAAAGAGAGUCGUCGGAAAACUGUGCUUGAAAGAAAGACAAUUGUUGUUCCUCCACCUAUAGAAGGAUUUGUCUUAGCCCUUUCUCGUGUUAAUCACAAACUGCUUCCUAAUCAACAAUGUGGGGACAAGACUUAUUUAUUUUGUGACUAUUGUGGUCGCAAUCAUCUCACUUGAGAAACUUGCUUUAAACUACAAGAGAGGCCAAACAAUGAAAACCAUCUUAUGUCUACGAGCAAAUGAGGCUGACUUUUGUCUCUGUUUACGAAGGAGCAUAUGGAUCACCUUCUUAAUUAGUGUUCAUGUUGGAAUUGUGGCAUAAACAUAUAAGGAUCCAGGGGGCUCAGAACACAUGGUUAAUUGCUCUCAUCUAUCCGGUUCUUAUUUUCCUAGUUCAAGUUUUGAAAAAGUUGGGAUAGAUGAUGAUAGUUAUUAUAGUAUGGCUUACAAAGACAUCAUAAAUUUUUUAGAGCAAAUCACUUUGCAAUAUGUUUUACAUGUUUUUAAAUUUGUUUGCAAUCUUCUUUCUGUUCAUAAUCUGUCUAAGAAACUAAUUGUUUUGUUCUUCUAUUUAGUUUUUUAGAACUACAAUUCAUGGAAAAUGAUGGGAAUUUUUAGAGAGAUAAAUAAGUUGUACUUAGGCACAAGAAGUGCCAAAGGACAACAAAAAACCCAACAACAAAAGCAACCAAGCUAUAACUCAAAACUACUGCUCCACCAACAAAAGAACAAGGAACAGGAGGCAAAAAUCAAACCAUUUCAGCAUAAUG